AUGGCUUCUGUUCAUCUAAUGAACAAACGUCACAUAGUCGUCCGUGCUUUAUUAUUCUUUUUCCUUUUCUUGUUUACACCUGUGGAGUCAAGCUACCUUAUACCAUCAAAGUACAUUAAACUAGUAAACAACAGAUAUGCAACUGCCAGUUUUGUGCGUAACAAUGCUUUGUACACCUAUGGAGGAGAGUCAUCGCUAUUCAACACCUCUAGUUUCUUUACUUCCAUGUCACUAUCCCCAAAAGACAAAAGCUUGAUAAUCGAAACCGUACCACAGUCUAAGCCAGGUCCAUCCUGUAGCUACUCUGCCGCCGUUCUCUUGGAUGACAACCAGACUGUAAUUUUGUUUGUCGGACAGGCUUUUAACUUAUCUGCAAACAGUAGCAUGCCAAUCUAUACCUACAGCUUCUUGGACCCAAAUCCGAUGUGGAAAGAAAUCAAGCCGGUCGGUAAUGCAUUGUGGCCUGAUAUACGGAUUGGUUUUAGUGCCACUCUGGCCCCCAAUGGAAAGAUCUAUGUGUUUGGCGGUGUACGCAUAGACACAAUCUCACCAGCAAUGCCGUUCUUUUCCUUUGAUCCCAGGACACACCAAAUAGAAAUACCUAGCUCCCCUGGAGACGUGCAAUUAUAUGGUCACACAGGAACAAUGCUUCCGUCUGGGGAGCUUGUGCUUUCUAUUGGAUAUCGUAGGACUACUUCUACAGUCGAAGGAUACUUUCUAGGAAACCAAUUUGUUAUUGUCUAUAACACCAACAACGACACAUGGGCAAAGAUCAGGCUUACCUCAGAGACUGAUGAAUUACGGAUGGAGGGAAAUUCUGUACUUGGUCCUGAUCAAAAGACAAUAUUUACAUUUGGAGGUUCUGGAUAUUCCGGUUCACCAAACAUGACAAUUUUCAAUACCAUUGUUUUAUUGGACACAUCCACUUGGACAACCUCAUUGGCAUCUACUAGAGGAGCACUUCCUGUUCCACGUUCCUUGUGUUCUUUAGGAUUUAUAGCUGAUGAUCUUUUAAUGAUCUCAUAUGAUCAUUUAUAUAUCUUUACUCAAAAUCAUCUCGUACCUUCUUUUUUUUUAGGAAUUGUAUUUGGAAUUACUAGUGAUAUUGUUAAUGUCCUUCAAAUCGAAACAAAAAAGACUAAGGAUUAUCUAUGGCUGAUAGAUUCAUCAGACAUCAUCAAUUAUAUACACCCAGAUGACCAAGACCGCUUUGGAUUGAGUGGUCGUGCUAUUGCAGGAAUUGUAGUUGGUGUCUUGGCAUUUGUCAUUAUUGUUACUCUUUUGUUCAAAAGACCUAGGAAAUUUGUGUCUACUGUUCUGUUAAUUUCUACUAGGCGUACUUUAUGGAACAAAAGAUUAGGUGAACCUAUUUGGACUGAAUUGUGUAGACUUGGAUGCCGAGUCAUUCUACUUUUAAUUUUUGCACUAUUCAUGGUUUAUUUGAUCUGGCAAGUUAUGACAAGCGGGAUAUCAACCAUCGAGAUCCAUGAAUAUUCUUCUAUUGUUCAAUCCCCUGAUAUACGGAUAUGUCUUGAUGGAUGGGAUGGAAGUGACACAUUUGAUAUUUAUAAUAUUCGUUACAGUUGUAUAACUGACAGUGGCUAUAUAUGUGAUGAGUAUGUAACGCUCCUAGAUAUGGAGAUCCAUCAGCCUCGCUUCUCGUACGAGGGAUCAGCCAAGGUGUGCAUCUUGUUCUCUCCACCAGAAGAAUUUGGACUUUCCCCUACCCGUGAUGGAGACAGCAAAGGAACGAGAUUUGCGAUAUCCUUGGUUACCCAGAUAAAUUUCACAAGCGGGUUCUAUGCUACGGUCUAUCCACCCAAGAUGAAUCCCAACAAUGUUCUCUAUAACAUCACUACCACUAAUAAUCAAACCCAACUCUUGACCGAAGAUGCGAUAAAUGAAUGGAUAAUCAAUGAUUCUGGAACCGUGCGGGACUCGAACACUUAUUUUAUACCUGCUGGUGUGUCGAGUACGGUCGAGUACCAGAUUCAGGAUCAUCAGUAUCUGCAGCCCGCCGGAUGGAACAAUGUCGGCUUUUUGCCCCUUUUGAACCACACUCCUGAGGUUGUGAUUAAGUAUGGCGAAGGCAAUUCAGAUAGAUUGCUGGACAUCGCGGGGUACACGGUCUUGGCAACCCUGGAGGUCUUUCCGAGCCAGUUUGCUAAAGUGGUCCUGGAAGAAAAAAGAAUCUAUACACUUCUGGACGCACUCGGUACACUUGGUGGUUUCUUCAGUCUUGGCGCAGCGGCUCAAAUCUGGCUGUUUGGGUUCCGCCCUAGCUCUCCGUGGGGUAUAGUCCAUCGCUGGUCUGUAGGCUCCAUGAGGCGGUCUAUCAAACGGAAUUUGCGGACACAGUUUGAUUCGCUAAAUACCAGUGUUCCGUUGGCCACUCCUGUCAUUCCUCGGUUCACUGCUUUUAGUCUAGGAAAGGAUGUAAAUGAGGAUGAAUAUGAAUAUGAAUAUAAAUAUCAAGAGAAGGAAGAGGAGCUUCGGGCAUCAAAAGAAGCUCAGGUACCCUUUAUCGAAAAUUCAGGUGCAAGUGAUGGCGGAAACCAAAAUUACCGUAUGGAACAUAUGGAAAGAAGAGUCCAACUUUUGGAAAAAUUAUUUAAAUCGUACUAUGUUGACGAUGAAAUCUUUACGGAACUUGAUCUUGCUAUCAAGCAAGACAACCUCGAAAAAUAUCCAAAGACAGCCGGCGGUGACAGCGGUAACAAAAAUGGCACUGGUGGUGGUAAUGGUAGUGGUAGUGGUAAUGAACAUCUUAAUGAAACGUUCAAAGGCGGCUAUGAAAACUAA